UGCUGACGUAAAGGGAGCCACUGAAACCGUCAGGUUUGGUUUGGAAGGAGUUGGACGCAGUGAUUUCCACCUGGACCCAGUCACAGGUCAGCUGACAGUGCACGAGAACGCCACGUUUGACGCAGAUCUACAGCAGAUAUAUAAGUUAAAGAUCACAGCAACAGAUCAAGGAGGUACCGGACUGAAGUCCACAGCAUCACUAAACAUCACUAUAGAGGAUGUCAAUGACAACCCACCAGUGUUCCGGGGAGACUGUGGAAGGUAUCCUGUCACCCCUCCUGGUCAACCCCUCUUCCCCUAUUGGUACGGUGAUCUACACAUUCCUGGCUGACGAUGCUGACGUUGAUGCAGACAAUAAGAGGAUCACCUACAUGCUGCAGAGCGGGGGAUAUGGGAAGUUCUCUGUGGAUCCCUUCUCUGGUGAAGUAAAGAUAGCAGAUGACCUGACACGAGAUCCCCUGGAGAAGGACUACUACCUGUCAGUGAAGGCUGUCGACUCUGGGGCACCACCCCUGUCGGCUGACACUGUGCUGCAGCUGCACGUGCCCCUCAACACCCGGCCACAGCCUCAGUCUGAUGUCCAGCUGCAGGUCCCCCGAGAACAUCACCGUGGGAGAUGUGGUAGGCGUCAUCUACAUCAGGGACUUCGACUCACAGACAGAUGGCUUUGAGUACUUGCUGGACACAGCUGUGUCUGAGUUCACCAUUGACCCUCUCCGGGGAGAGAUACGAACAGUGAAACCUUUAGAUGCUGAGUUCCGCAGUGAGUACAUCCUCCCCAUCACUGUCAUCGACCGCGGCUUCCCUACCCACACCGUCUCCACCACUGCUACUGUCACGGUCAGCGACGUUGACGACAACCUCCCCCAGUUCUCAGCCCUCACAGAGUACACAGCAACACUUCAGGAAGGGCGAUAUGAUUCACAACAGGAACUCAUCCUGUCUCCACGUCUGUCCGUCUGGGACAGGGACGUCACUGACAGCAACAGCGACUACAAGGUGUACCUGAAGGGCCACAACAGCGACAUGUUCCAGAUCACACCAGACGGAAACCAUAUUCUCCUGAAAGGAUCGUCGACGCUGGAUGCCGAGAAUGUCCCAGACUACCAUCUUCAGAUAAUUGCAGAGAGUGUACAGAAUGACUGGCGCCACACUGGCGUCAACUUGACUAUAUCUGUGGAGGAUGAAAAUGACCAUGCUCCAUACCUACCCCAUGGCCAGGAGUUCACUGUCGAUCCUUCCAGCGGUGUCGGCACUGUGGUUGGCGCUGUUGUCGCUGUCGAUAAGGAUGUGGUCAGCCCUAACAACGAUGUCCUAUACAUCAUGAGGGAAGAUGGAUAUGGGAAGUUUGGCAUUGACAUUGACAAUGGAAACAUAUUUGUGAAGAAUAGCCUCACUCUGGAACCAACCCUUGACCUCUAUGAACUCCAAGUUGCGGCCAUUGACAAAGGCUACCCAGCGUUGACAGGCUCUACAAUGGUCAGGGUCAAUGUGCCGAUCAACAAGCCGAUCACUGUGCCGAAGUCAUUAACAUUCAGUGUUGAUGAGGAUGUGGACAUUGGUAAAGAAGUGGGCAGGAUCAACAUCACACAACCAAAUGGAGGCACUGGGACUGUGGAAUACAGGCUGCUCAAUACUGAUGUUCCAUUCACUAUUGACACCAGUGAGGGGAUAAUCCGAACCUCUUCAUCCUUGGAUGCUGAUACGGAGGCGGAGUAUGUUCUUGAGGUGGGCGUGGCCAACCUUGGUGUACCCACCUACACCUCCACAAUAUCAGUGACGGUCACUGUCGGCAACAUCAACGACAACCCACCGCAGUUCACAUCAGACCGAGGUUACGCAGCAACGGUGGUGGAGAACUAUCACAUCACGCUCUUGGACGUGAUACCAACUGUGUCAGUCAUAGACCUGGACAGUGGGGACACAGUCAUGGAUGUGGAAUAUUCACUGGGAGGAAACAACUCUGACCUGUUCACCAUCAACCCGGUGUCUGCAGCUGUCCGCAUCAAGGACCCACAGGGGCUGGAUGCAGAGCAUGCUCUUGUGUAUAAUCUCACGAUCACUGCCACAGAUGAGAAUGGUAAAGGUCUGAAGACUCAUGCUGACUUGAAAGUGAAGGUCAAGGACAUUAACGACAACUCGCCUCGGUUUGACUUCCACCAUGUAGUGAAGGUUGACCCCAGAAGCCCGGUAGGUUACGAGGUUGCUACUGUGAAGGCUGUUGAUGACGAUGGCUCUCCGGAGAAUAGCAGACUCAUGUACUUCCUCAAAGAUGGUGUCGGCAAAUUCAGAAUCAACCCCUUGACAGGUACAAUCUUGUUGUCGUCUCGACUAACGGAGGAGCCGCUGAGCUCGGAGUACAGCCUAGGGGUGAGGGUGGUGGACUCUGGCUUCCCUCCGCAGACUGCCGAAACCACGGUGAAGGUGCUGGUGGAGUUGAACCAACCUGCCGUGUACGAGCUGACUCAGGACUUCCAUGUGACGGAGAACCGUCCUACUGGCACCAUGGUGGGCAUCCUGGACUUCGCCGACCCUGAUGGCAAGGCCCUGGAGUUUACCUCGCUGGAUCACUCAGUGCCCCUGUCUGUGGACCAUACAACAGGGAUGAUCCAGACCACAGGCUCUCUGGACCGGGAGAAGUCAUCAUCUAUCAGUCUCCCUGUACAGGUAGUGGAUCAAGGAGCACCCUCCUUCACCGGCACCAUCGUCGCCACCAUCCACAUCCUGGACAUCAACGACAACAGUCCCACCUUCAAUGUUGGUGAUGGAUAUCAUGGAGUUGUCCCCGAGACCUUUGACUCCAACGACCCAUACACCGUGUACCUGAAUCAACCAAUAGUUGUUGCUGACGCCGACCCUGAUGUGGACCUGGACAACAUUCAGCUCAGCCUGACAGGACCUGGCAGUGACCUGUUCCAGAUUGACCAGGCUUCAGGGCAUCUUGUCCUUACUGCUCCCCAGAAAGUUGACAGUGAGACCCAGGCCACCUUCAACCUGACUCUGACAGCAGUAGACGACUCCAACGGAAAGACACAGCAGUCGUCGGUGCCUGUGUUUAUUGAUGUAGACGAUUUUAACGACAACCCGCCAGAAUUUAAGGAUGACUUUGAUUUUGAAGUUGCCACAAACACACCAGUUGGUGCAGAGAUUGGAACAGUUGUUGCUUCGGACAGAGACAUCUCUGAGAGGAAUAACAAGCUCACAUACAUCCUGAAAUCUGGGGAUAUGGAAAGUUUGAACUGGAUAGUGAUACAGGAGUGCUGCGUCUGUCAGAGAACAUCCUGCGAGAACCUGUGUUAGGGACUUACAUCCUGCACAUCGAAGCCCUGGACAGUGGGGAGGUGCGUCUCACCGGGGACACCAGCGUCACCAUCAGGGUGCCAGUCAACUCCCCUCCCACCAUCGACGACAGCUUCACAUUCGCU